UUCCUCCUGUUGCGUUGUUCCGGGUUGCUGAGAUUCUCUCCAAUUCUCCCUCUCUCUCUCUCUCUCUGUUAAUAAUCCGUGACCCUUCCCUGACCGGGGUCGGCGUCUUUCUGUAACUAACCGCAGAGAGACAGCGGGGUCUGGCUCGCAGUUCCAGCUGCAGGAUGCGAGUGUCCGCCGGUGUUACAGCCUUCCUGCUGUCCCUGACCGCGAUCCCGGUCUCCUUCCUGCUCAACGGCCUGUCGGCCAUGGACAGUCCCAUGACAGUGUUUUUUGCUGGCGUUGGAGUCCUCCUUGGCUUGUUGUUGGUGUUGUACCUGCUCGUCAUCAGAAGAGCCCCCAUGGACCCCCUGUUCUAUGCUUUCACUGUGUUCUCCUUUACAAGUGUCAUCGAUUUAAUUAUCUCCCUGGAACAGGAUGGCUACAUCAAAGGUUUCAUGGGAUUCUACUUGAAGGAAGGGGAGCCAUAUCUCCGCAGUGCCUAUGGAAUACUGAUCUGUUACUGGGAUGGCACUGUCCAUUUCGCCCUCUACUUGCUGAUGAUAACAGCCAUCUCAUUGAGCUGGAGUUACCGCUGUGUUGGCCUCUACUGGCUGGGCUCCAUUGUCAUGAGUCUCGUGACCCUUCUAGUUGGAACCAUCUUAGGUAAAUAUGGAACUGAAAUCCGUCCUGCUUUCCUGCUGAAUAUUCCGUAUAUGUUGAUCCCAAUUUGGGCUGGGAAGAAAAUCUAUGGGAUUCCCAGAGCAUUGCCAAAGGCAACAGCAGAUCAGGUUGCCACAGAACAGGGAAAGUGGUUGUACCGGAGGCCUCUCGAUGUCUGCUUCGUAAUAUAUCUGCUGUUUGCUGCAGCUUACACAGUCUUCCGGGGCUUUGUUGCUCUCGAGUGUCCCUUUGAUACCUGUGUAAGGUAUGCAAAUGAUCAGGAGCCCUACCUAUUGGACCCAGUGAUGUACCCCAAGAUCCAGAUGUUAGUCAACAUGUUCUACCUUGUGCCAUUCUUUGGCUUGGCACUUUACGGCCUCUUGGAACCCGGCUGUGAAUGGAUGCCUGAUCUGACCGUGGUGUUUGCAGGAGCCAUAGCCCAAGCUCAGUUUUCUCACAUUGGUGCUUCCUUACACACUCGUACGCCCCUUACCUACCGAGUACCCCAGAAUGAGGUCUCGUCCUUCCUCUACGUCAACAUCCUCUUCGCUGUUGGCGCUCAGCUCUUGGCAUUUCGCUGUAUCACUUUCUCUAGCUUCUUCCUGAGGGAAAUACCCAGAAAUAUCAACGAGCUGGAGAAGAAAAUCAACUAAAGGGCCAGGCCAAGUGGGUCGCGUGCAGAGGCAGUGAACUGUAAUAGUUGGUCCUUUGAAGUGAUGUUAAAUGAGGUGUCAACCAUAACUUGCUGGAUAGCACCCUCAUCUCUGAACCAGAAUGUUAUGCAUCAAAACCCCACCCCAGACACACCCCACAUAAUGGACCCUCCUGUGCAGUGCAGAGGGAGUGGAGCUGUUCAACCAAGGAUCUUUCUACCCCCUCAAGUGGAGAGAAAACAUUACAUGAUUACUCUUUUGAAGGAAGGUGAGGGAGUUAUCCCUAGUGGCCUAACCAAUAGUUACCUCUCAAUUGACAACACUAAAACCAUUUUUUGGUCGUAUCACAUUCUUCUUUGUGCUGUGUAUAAAUUUGCUGUUACAUUUCCCACAUUACAAUAAUGUCAAAAACAAAAUUAAUUGACUGUAAAGUACUUUGGAACAUUCUGUGGUUAUGCAACGUGCUACAUAAUUGCAAGUUCUUUCAUUUACAUACAAACAGGAAACAAGAGGAGGCCACUCGACCCUUUGACCCUGCUCUGCCAUUCAAUAAGACCAUGGUUGACCCGAUUUCAACCUCAACUUGACAUUCCCUGGUAAUCUUUCAUCUGUUUAUUUUAUGCACUGCACCCAGUUGUCCGUUCUGUUUCAUGUGUGUGUGCAAUGAAUUUCCCCCACUUCAAAUAGCCUUUGUAUUCCAAAGUUGAAUUUCGCACAACUUCUCAUUUCUCUGAACACCAACCCCAAACCCAUCCCUUUCAUAAAACAUCUGUGACAUCUUGUUGGCUUGACCUCAUGAUAGAGUUGUACUAUAAUAAACAGCUGGACAUCCUGAUGGAUGGAACCCUGAAUGACUUGGAAGACCUGUACAAGGGAUUGGUGAGUGUCAACCUUGACAUUAGAGUGAGGCCAUUCAGGGGUUGGGUUAGCAGCUCCAGCUGCAAACAUUCUUGGAGAACUCACUGUCAAUCCUCCAAUUUGCCUGCAUGCAGUCAGACUAGAUUUGCUCCUCAUCUCC